AUGACUGGAAAUUCUGUUCUCUAUACGAAAACUGAUUUAACUCAAAUCUGUAACAAACCAACUAUCAGACUCGAAGGAGUAAAACGUUUAGUUGAUUCAGGAUUGCUUACGUAUAAAGAUCACUUUUGGGUGGAACCAAGUCGUUCCAAAAAUGCGUCAAAAAAAAAUGCCAAACGAAUGCUAAGAGGAGGAUGGAUUAAAAAUUUUCCAACAUCGAAUACGCAUGCCGCAAAGCUUGAAUUCAUUCAGUUAUUACAAAAAAUGGUUGAUGUCACGUAUGAAGAUUAUUUAAAAUCGUUUUAUCCUUAUCAACAAGAAAACGUUUUCACUGCCAAUCAUUGGACUUUAUCAGACGAGUUUAUUCAACUUAUGGAAUCGAAUUUCUUUUAUAAACAAUAUGUACGAUGGAAUGAACAACAAUUUCGACCAUGCGUUUCAAUAGUGAAUGAGAUAAGCGUUGAAAGCGAAGCAGCGGCCUCAACAUCACAAAUUCCACACCUGAACAAUUGCGAAAGCACAACAAACAACAACAUACAGAAUAUAUCGAUACAAAAGCAACAUGAUGAGAAAGAAGAAUUAGUACAUACUUACUCGCAGCCAGUUCAUAGAAAAAGAAAAGCUACCACUAAUCAAAAUUAUUGUGAAGAACGGCAGACACGUACACAAACUAGAAAAUUCAAACGGAACUGA